AUGGCGCCGCCACACGGGAGGGCGGGGAAGGACUUGUGGCUGCACCAAGUGCAGACGGCGUUGCCUGGGGACGUAGACGCCCUCUUCCAGCGGCUGCCUGAAGCUGCGAGGGCCGAUGUCGAGGUUGUGAAGGCGGCCGUCCUGCGAUCUGCUCGGUGCUUGGGUUAUGCCUCGCUUGAGCUUCGAGCGGACGCCGGCUUCAUGAUUGGCAUGGUCGCGCAGAGCGGCAUCAGGUUGCAGUUUGCAUCCGAGACCCUCCGUGGCAACCGGGAUGUUGUGUUGAAGGCUGUGAAGCAGCAUGGUGCGGCCUUGCAGUACGCCUCCGAGCUAUUGAGGGGUGAUCGGGAGGUUGUGCUGGCUGCGCUGGCUGCCUACAAGGGCGAUCCCCACACGCACCCCUUCCGUUGGGCAGCUGGCUUUUGCGAUCCGACAAGAACGUGGCUCUUGCGGCCUUGGAGCAGGAGUCGGUGA